GAUAAGCCCCGCAUUCGCCUGCUUCUAACCUAUUUCGGCUAGCGGCUUUGAUUACUCACGAACGGACUUACGUGAGCUUCCCCCUCGCUCUUGCGAACACCCGAAGUGCGAUCUGACAAGGCUGAGGAACAGUCAUUGCAAUCUUGUGUCCCCCUUACUCGGCCAUCGUCUCUCAACUGUGGGGCUGACCAAGCUCGGUCUGCUCGCUCCUGGCCAUCAGCGUGAUGUUGUAAUGCUUCAAUGGAGUGGUAUGAGAGUGAGUAGGUGGUGUCAUGAGAUGGUAUAUAUGCAGUAAAGGUAUGCCAUGAACAGGAACAUUAUCAACGCAUUUCCAAACGCAUUCAACGCUCAACUUGACUAUCGAUUGUCCAUCAAAACCUACUUCAAUCACUACCAACCCCAUUUUGUCUAUCUACACUCAUAAUAUCCAGUCUUCGAAAUGGCAGCUACGAUGCGCGGAUGGCAAUUCAAGUCGACAUCUGGACCCAUGGAGCAAAAUCUCUCCAUCCCUUCCUUGGGCCUUCCAAUACCCACCAUCAACAAAGACGAAGUGCUUGUCGAGAGCCAUGCGACAGCGCUCAACCCCAUCGAUCACAAAAUCCUCGAACUCGGGCUCAUCACGCGCCUGGUCUUUUCUGGUUUGACACCUGGCUUGGAUGUAUACGGCCGUGUCGCGAAAGUCGGCAGUAACGUCACAAGCUUCCAGGAAGGCGACAUUGUAUACGGCGGUCUCGCUCCAGGAGGCAAACAUGGCGCUCUAGCGGAAUAUGUGCCCGUGUCGCAAAAUCUGCUGGCGAAAGUACCACAAGGCCUGAAAGGAGACGACAUUGUAUCUAUGGCGAGUACGGGCAUGACAGUAUACGCAGGGCUGAAACCGUAUGCUAAACCUGGCAAUAAAGUCUUCAUCAACGGUGGCUCGGGAGGAACUGGUGUCGCAGCAAUCCAGAUCGCCAAAAUACUCGGCUAUCACGUUACGGUGUCAUGUUCAGCGGCGAACAUCGACUUAGUCAAGAGCUUGGGAGCGGAUACAGUACUGGACUACGCAACAACACCGAUCGUUGAACAAUUAAAAGACACCGGCGCCAUGUUCGAUCUCAUAUUAGACAAUGUGGGGACACCGGCGAACCUAUACCGUGCUUCGAGCGCGUUUUUGCGGCCAGAAGGCAAAUUUGUUCAGGUUGGCCUUGGCAUGAAUCUGAGUGCCGCAAUUCAGUUCUUUGGCAACAAAUUGACUAGCUUCCUGGGCUGGGGGAAGAGAGAGUACAUCUUCGUUGCCGGAAAUGCGAGUACCGCUGUGUUCGAGCAGCUCGCGUCAUGGAUGGAGCAAGGCAAGCUUCGCGCGAUUAUUGAUUCUACAUGGGAAUUUUCGGAGGUGCCGAAGGCAUACGAAAGGCUGAAGACAGGAAGGGCAAAGGGUAAGGUUGUUGUGCAUGUGAAGGACGGUUGAGAGAGAUGGAGUUGUGAUAUCUUAGAUUUCGUUCGAACGAACCAUAGGGCCAGAUCUUCCUUCCACUACUAGUACUUUUACCAAUUUAAUCAUGUUAAGCUCUCUUA